CCCUCAUAUGCGUCCCCCCCUCCCGCCGCCGCACAUUGGUUCCUGGCGUUAGCACUUAGCGCACGGCUCCUUCCGGGACACGUUAUUGUUGCAUCAGCAUCCAACCCUGCAGCUGUGUGGCGAUGUCGACCUCAGGAGAGACAGCCUUUGAGUUUGGCUUCUUGCUACAGAUAAAUGAGGAGGCCUCGCUGGCUGUGGCCCUGAAUGAUUACCUAACCUCACGCAGCUACCUGGCUGGGUUCAGCCCCUCCCAGGCCGACCAGAAUGCCUUUAAGCUCCUCCGCAGGCCCCCAGACCCGCAACACGUUCACGCUCUGCGCUGGUACAGACACAUAGCAGCCCUGCAGCAGGACCUCAACCCUGACAGCAGCAUGAAGGGAAAGCGGGUUCAGCCCCCGUGGUCUCCACCAGCAGGAACAGAUGUUCCCCAACUUCGACUCUACAACAGCCUGACGAGAGCAAAGGAGCCGUUCGUUCCUCAGAAAGGGAAUAAAGUAACCUGGUACUCCUGCGGGCCUACAGUGUAUGAUGCCUCACACAUGGGACAUGCCAGGUCCUACAUAUCUUUCGAUAUCCUGCGAAGGAUACUGAGGGACUACUUCAAGUAUGAUAUCUUCUACUGCAUGAACAUCACAGACAUAGAUGACAAAAUCAUUAAAAGGGCUCGGCAGAACUACCUCCUGGAACAGUACAAGGAGAAGCAGCCGCAAGCUGCUCAAGUACUGCAGGAUGUCCUGAGUGCCAGAGGGCCCUUUCAGGAGCACUUGGCUUCAACAACAGACCCCGACAAGAAGCAGAUGCUGGAGAGGCUGGACGCGGCUGUUACAGCGGCCCUGCAGCCCCUGCAGGCGGCGAUUGAGGGCAAAGCAGCAGCGGAGGUCAUCCAACCUCUGGCUCAGGUGCUGCUGGAGAAUUCCAAGGACCUGCUGUCUGAUUGGUUGGACAAACAGUUUGGAAGUCAAGUCACAGAGAAUUCAAUCUUCUCCAUUCUGCCUAAAUACUGGGAGGGAGAGUACCAUAAAGACAUGGACGCCCUGAACGUUCUCCCCCCAGACGUUCUCACUCGAGUCAGUGAAUACGUUCCAGAGAUCGUGGAGUUUGUGGAGAAGGUUGUCUCCAACGGUUAUGGGUAUGAAUCUAACGGUUCUGUGUACUUUGACACCUCGAAGUUUGACGCCUGUCCGCACCACUCAUAUGCCAAACUGGUGCCAGAGGCAGUGGGAGACCAGAAAGCGUUACAGGAGGGAGAAGGUGACCUGAGCAUCUCUGCUGACAGAUUAAGUGAGAAAAAGUCUCCCAAUGACUUUGCCUUGUGGAAAGCGUCCAAGCCCGGAGAGCCGUCAUGGGACUCUCCAUGGGGGAAGGGAAGGCCUGGCUGGCAUAUCGAAUGUUCAGCCAUGGCUGGCUCUAUCUUGGGAGAGUCCAUGGACAUCCACGGUGGGGGGUUUGAUCUUCGAUUCCCCCAUCACGACAACGAGUUGGCUCAGUCUGAGGCUUUCUUUGAGAAUGAUUACUGGGUCAGAUACUUCCUGCACACCGGCCACCUGACCAUCGCUGGCUGCAAGAUGUCAAAGUCUCUGAAGAAUUUCAUCACAAUUAAGGACGCUCUGGCAAAGAACUCAGCUCGCCAGCUCCGUCUGGCCUUCUUGAUGCAUUCCUGGAAAGACACCCUGGACUACUCCCCCAACACAAUGGAGUCAGCCGUCCAGUACGAGAAGUUCAUGAAUGAGUUCUUCCUGAAUGUGAAAGACAUCCUGCGCACUCCGACCGACAUCACCGGUCGGUUUGAGAAGUGGGAGGAGGUAGAGAUGGAGCUCAACAACAGUUUCUACAACAGGAAGUCCGCCGUCCACGAGGCUCUGUGUGACAACGUGGACACUCGCACCGCCAUGGAGGAGAUGAGAGUCCUGGUCAGCCAGAGCAACAGCUACAUCGCCAGCAGGAAGAGCGCCAAGCUGAGGCCCAACCGCAUGCUGAUGGAAAGUAUCGCCGUGUAUCUCACCAACAUGCUGAAGAUAUUUGGUGCCAUUGAAGAAUCGGAGUCCAUCGGUUUCCCAAUGGGAGGACAAAGUCAGAAUGUGGACCUGGAGAGCACAGUGAUGCCGUACCUCUCCGUGCUGUCAGAUUUCAGGGAGAGUGUCCGAAGGAUUGCCCGCGAGCAAAAAGUGACGGAGUUGCUGCAGCUGUGUGACGUUGUCCGCAAUGAUACAUUACCCGAGCUGGGAGUCCGACUGGAAGAUCAUGAAGGCCUGCCCACUGUGGUCAAACUGGUGGACAAGGAGACGUUACUGAAGGAGCGAGAGGAGAAGAAGCAGAUGGAAGAAGAGAAAAAAAAGAAGAAGGAAGAGGCUGCCAGGAAGAAACAAGAACAAGAGAUGGCUAAACUGGAGAAGAUGAAGGUCCCUCCAUGUGAAAUGUUUCGUGCAGAAACUGACAAGUAUUCCAAAUUUGAUGAAAUGGGUUUCCCCAGUCACGAUGUCGAAGGGAAGGAGCUGAGCAAGGGACAAGCCAAGAAGCUGCGCAAGCUCUACGAGGCCCAGGAGAAACUGCACAAUGAGUAUCUUCAGAUGAACCAGAAUGCCAACUGAUUGUGUCCACAAACUCUCCGCGCUCUCCAGAAUACCUGCAGAAUAAAUGAUAAAGGCCAGAGAUGCUGGGUCAUCGUUUGUCUCCUCGUUAUCUGUUUCGGAAUCAGAAAACAACAAAAACAACUCCACAAAAAAAAUAACGGUUAAAAUUUAUAUAGUCUGUAUCUUUUUCUAAAUUCUGGGGGGAUCGAAGAGAACCAGCAUCCUCCUGCUUCUCUGAAGUGAGGUUUAAUGAUGUGACGGAGUAGCACAGUGCUAACAGGGUCUCCAGAUGUUUUCUACAUUAAUCAUGUUUGUGACUGAGACUCUGUAACACUGACAGGCAGUUAAAGCAUUUUUUUAUUGUAUAAUUUAACUUUGAGUUUAGAUAUCAGCUAUAAAUGAAAGAACUGAACUGGGAUACACCUGCAGUAUUUACAGAUGGCUGACAAAUUAAAAGAGAAACCAACGUUAAGUGUCCUGUAUGGAAACAUCUGCACUCAUUUAUUCAGAUUUCUUCUUUAAUUUGUCACCUCUCUGGCUGAAGGCUCUCGGACUGCAACCAACCACCAAAGGAGAUGUAUUCAUAUUGCUUGUUUUAUUCGACCAAAUCUGAUCUCUGUCUAACAAAAGCAUCAAAUUCUAACAUCUGAGAAACCAAUGUUCUAGAAGGGACCUUUAAUAUUAUUUAAAGAUUUUUAGCUUCACCCAUUGUGGAUUUUUUUUUUUUUUGGUGAUGUUUAGAAAUAUAUCACUUUAUACAGACGCUGAAUUAGCUGCUGAUAAAACGUAUCAUGAACUUUUUAUAAAAACUUCAGUUAGGUUAAUCUCUCUCUUAGUCCCUCAUUUUUACAGACUUUUGGAAAAAAUGAAAACCGAUAUCAGCUGAUAGGAAUAGAAAGAUAACUUGUAUUGUGCAUCUGCAGCUCAAACAGCACCAUUACCAAAAGACUCAUUUUGUAACUCGGCAGUGUGUCAGAGGAUGCUGAAGACUUCAAACACUGAAAGAGCCGCCAUGUUUCAUUCCACUUUUACAUAUUUACCAGCUGCUUUAUGACAAAAAUCUCUGUACUUGGAAUAUUUUAGAUAAUUCAAUACUUUUUUCUACACAUUUGUAUCAAUAUUAUAAAUUGUCUGGAUUUCUACAAUCUUAAAGAAUGAGGCUGCUGAUAUUCUUUAAUUUGUUUGUCGUCAAAUUCCAUGAAAAGACCAAAGGCGCCCAUUUGUUUCAACUGAAGACACAAAAAAAGCUCACAUAUAUAGUUAAUUCUUUAAAAAGGUUCAUUAAUUCCCUCAAACAGCUACUCACUAGUUUUUAUCAAACAUCAUUCAAACAGGAGGAAAUAGUUGUUAGGGACUAUUUUCAGCGGUGAGUCAAAAAUUAAGCUCUGAGCCACUUACAAGAUAAUUCUUGUUUAUAGGAUCAAUUCAUUGUUGGUUUUGCUCUUUUCGUGGGAUUUGUUGACAAUAAGAAAAAUACAGAACAUCUCCAGAAUGAUCCUUUUAAUCUACGCUGCUUUCUCUCAUCAUACUGCGAAAUAUAACAGCUCAGACUCUCAGUGUGGUCUCUCACAGCUCCAGUGGCACCACAUGAAGAGAGGCUUUUUAUUAUUCAACCGUCCAUUAGGCUCAUGUGUUUUUGUACUGUAUGUAUUCAGUUUCAUGGUUAUGUGACGGCAUAGCUGCAGUAACACUUUCUCAUUGGAAGAUGCUCCAAAUAAAGAGGCUGUAAACGCAACUGAUUCCCUUUUAAGAAAUAAAAUUGAUCAUCAUUGUGAACUCUUGAGACUUCUGGGAGGUUGACUCUCAUCCUUGGCAAGAUAAUGUCAUCAUUGCAGGAACCAGCCGAGAUAAACAAAUGUUUAUUACUCCAAUAACAGACAUUCAGACAGAAUGAGACUGCAAAUUUGAUUACAAACUGUCUUAUUUUAAAAUUCUGUAUGUCUGAAUCAUGUAUACUGAUGCAACCAUUUAGUGAUUUCGCUGCACAAUCUAAAUAAAUGCUUAAACGGGACCAGG